CCUCCCCUUCCUUCCCGCCGGCGGCGCGCGCGCUUCCAAAGGCGCGGGAAGCUGCCCUGAGGGGCCGGGCCGGCGGGGCGGGGUCCCGGGGCUCCCGCGGGAGAGGAGCUGCGCCAGCGGAGCGAGGGUGCAGGCGGGAGCUGCAGCGUCGCGCUUUGUCUUUUUCGUGUGCCCGGCUCGCUGAUACGUGCUAUGUGCAGCCCUCCAUCCGUACAUAAAUAUAUAACCUCUACAUCGGUCUCGGCGAAGGAAGUACACACACAGAAAGCUGAUUUGUAUCGGGGACGAAUUUUCACUGACUUUAUCCUCGGUUUUGUAUUCAGCAGCAUAUAAUAAACAGCGAAAUGUCCUCAAAGAAGAAAAUAAAGAAGAGUCAUACCAGCUCUAAGCUAAAGGAGCACAAAGCCAACUCCAGUCUUCGUUGGAAAUCGGUUCCUCUUGAGGAACCAGAUGUCUCAAGGAUAUUGAAGGUAGCAGGAACAAAUCAACUUGAGGAGCUUGAUGAUUCCUUUGAUCACCCUUUGCACAGUACUGCUGUGGAUGCUUAUGGAGAGGAACAGUCACAAAACGCAUCACUCAGUUGUGUUUCGGCACCACAAAGGCAAAAUGCAGACAGCAGUAAAAAACGGCGUCACUCAAAGCCUUCCAAUGGUGAUGUUCGGAAAUUCAACACGGCUGAUGCUGGAGUGGAACCCCUUAAGGAGGCUGUGAAGACUCUGAAUACUACUCAAUUCCAGACAAAAAAGAAGCAGCCUUCAGAGGAGAACACAUCAGAUCCUUCUGUGGAUAGCCCACAUUCUCUACAGGUUUGGUGUCCCAAAGACCUGAAGAGAUCUGCUGGAGAUAUUACAGAACUGGAUGUUGUUCUGGCCAAAGUUGAGAAGAUAGCAGCAAAUUACAGACAAAGCAUUGAAUCAGACAUUUGCAGAAAGGCUAUCAGUGACUUCUCUUCUGCUUUCAAGGACCAAAUCACUGAUCUUAUAGCAGGAGUCCAGGAAUUAAAGAACAUGAAGAAAAAGAAUGCUAAGGCAAUAAUAAACAUCAAAAAGAAAAGCCAGCAACUGGUGCAACUCAGAGAAGAGCUAAUUGGAGCUGAACCACAACUGACACAACUACAAAGAGAAUAUGCUGAGGUACAGGAAAGGAAAUCUUCCUUGAGGCAAACAAUUGAAUUAAUUACUGAUUUAAAGGAGCUACAGCAAGACUGUUUGGAUUAUAGAGAAGAAAACCCAAAAGCAAAAGUGGUAUAUGGAACUUCCAGCCUCCCUGCACUUCUGGUGGAGUCUCGGAGAAUUCUAGGAGCAGAAAGGCACUUUGAGAAUAUCAAUAUGAAACUGGAAGAGGCUCUGGCUGUACAAAAAGAGCGGAGAUCAAAUCAAAAUUAAGUGUCUUUUUAAGACUUGUUUAAUCAUUGUUACUCUUAUUUUGUUUCAGUCUUUAAAAGAAGUCAAUUACUUAAGAUUGUAUCUUUCUACUGUCAUAUAGUCUCAGAAUAUCAAUGAAAGGAAAUAGCAAUCCCAGUACAUGUAAUAAAACUUUUCUGUACUCUGAA